AUGGCGGCGGAUAAGAAACUCAGAGUCAUCAUUGGUGGGGCGUCCGGCGAGACCGGGAUGUCCAUUAUGAAUGCGCUCCUUGCAUCGCCAGAUCAGUUCGAACCUAUUGCUUUGGCCCGUCCCGAAUCCGUCAACAAGGACAACUAUCAGGACCUCAUUCGGCGAGGUGCCUCCGUCAAACCCGCCGACUUCCAAGAUAUCGACGCGCUUGUACCCCUACUCACUGGCGCUGAUGUCGUGAUCUCCUGCCUGACGCUGUUGCAGAAGGAAGCAGAGGAAGCCUUGAUUGACGCCGCCUACCGAGCCGGUGUUGGCCGCUACGUGCCCAGCUUCUUUGGACCCUGUGCUCCGCCCCGUGGAAUCAUGCCGAUGCGCGAUAUCAAAGAACAGUUCCUCGAUAGGUGCAAGCGCCUGUACCUUCCCUACACCGUCAUCGAUAUUGGAUGGUGGUACCAAGCCAGCCUCCCCCGCCUUCCCUCUGGAAAGUUAGAUUCGGCUAUCUCCUUUCCAGAGACCCUCAUCGGCGCCGACGGGAAUGUCAACUUUGCCGGUACAGAUGUGGCCGACAUUGGCCAGUAUGUUGCCCGCAUCAUUGCCGACCCUCGCACCCUCAACAAGCAAGUCUUUGCCUACAGCGAGGUGACAACUCAGAAUCACAUUUGGGAUACCAUGGAGGCUCUUACCAACGAAACGAUUCCGAGGAAAUACCUCUCGAAAGAAGAGGCUGAAGAUUCUUUAGCAUGGAUGCAGGAGGCCAUUGCCAAGGACCCAACAAACAUACAAGUCAUGUUAAAGCAAGGUCUGAUCUCGUACGCGUACAGCUGGGCCAUCAGAGGCGAUAACACACCUGAGCACGCAAAGUAUCUGGGAUACCUCAACGCUAAGGAUCUCUACCCGGACGUCGAGGCCAAACCUAUCAACGACUUCAUCCGUGAGAUAGUGCACGGCACUAGGGUUGCUUGUACUUACGUUGGCCGCCCGGAACAUCCACUCAAUAAGGCUAAAGCCUUAGCUGACAACUAA